UCCAUACUGACUAUUGAGUUAGUUCUAACUUUCUAAUUUACUAUGUUUUCUUUCUAUAGCAAACAAUGCAAUUCAUUUAAGACUCGGGCUAUUCAAGUGAAGAAUGGUUUGGAAAGUGGUCUUUCUGGAGUCAAUGUGCUUGUCAACCCGGAAAAGCCAAGAAGGGGAUGCUUUGAAAUACGGGAGGAAGGUGGUGAGAAGUUCAUCAGUCUUUUGGAUAUGAAGCGGCCAUUUACGCCAAUGAAGGCACUUGACAUGGACAAAGUCAUCUCUGAUAUUAUCGACAAGAUCAAAUAAUGACCUUCCAUGCGUUCUAGUGUAUUCUAGAUUUGUUCUUUAUGUUACAUUUUGCCCUUCCCAAACCCUACUUUAGCGGAAGUCUCAUGCAUUGGGCCUUUAUGUUACAUUUUGCUUGAACCAAACUGCGUAGAAUUGCCUUGUAACAUUGAUGACUAUUUGCAGAUCCCUUGGUACUUAUAAUUCCCUCUUGUUUGCUUGUUUUAUUUA